GGCAUACUUAUCAAAAGGCGAGGUUCAAAGUGAAAAUGUUCCUUACAGGACCAAGGAGCACGAUAUAUACGAGCGAGGAGCGUCCGGAGACUGCGAAGGGAGAAACCGAACGCCCAAGUUUUCUUCCCACCGCUGCAACUGCUUGAGAACUCUAAGUAAGCAAGAUGUCUAGGCGCUAUGACAGUCGAACGACCAUCUUUUCUCCUGAAGGCCGACUUUACCAAGUUGAGUAUGCAAUGGAGGCUAUAGGAAAUGCUGGAACCGCUAUUGGGGUCCUGGCCAAGGAUGGAGUUGUGCUGGUUGGGGAGAAAAAGGUUACAUCAAAGCUGCUGCAGGCAUCAAAGUCCACGGAGAAAAUGUAUAAGAUCGAUGACCAUUUGGCAUGUGCUGUGGCAGGGAUCAUGUCUGAUGCUAACAUCCUAAUUAACACUGCUCGAAUUCAAGCUCAACGUUAUGCUUAUGCUUACCAGGAACCCAUGCCUGUUGAACAACUGGUGCAAUCUUUGUGUGAUACGAAGCAGGGAUACACACAAUUUGGUGGGCUUCGUCCAUUUGGUGUGUCAUUCUUGUUUGCUGGUUGGGACAAAAAUUUUGGGUUUCAAUUGUACAUGAGCGAUCCGAGUGGAAACUAUGGAGGAUGGAAGGCUGCUGCGAUAGGAGCAAAUAAUCCGGCUGCACAGUCCAUGCUUAAGCAAGAAUACAAGGAUGAUAUCACAAGAGAAGAAGCAGUACAGUUGGUAUUGAAAGUGCUGAGCAAGACUAUGGACAGCACAAGCUUAACCUCUGACAAGCUUGAACUGGCUGAGAUCCUUUUAGCCCCUACAGGCGAGGUCAAAUACCAAGUGUGUUCACCAGACUCAGUUAACAAGUUAUUGGUAAAAUUUGGAGUCACCCAGCAAACUCCUGAGACCUCUUGAACCUUAAGUUCCUUUAUACUUUGGGGGUCUAUUAGACAGUGGCCAUUUUCAUCAUGUUGAUGUGCAUCUUUUUACCAUUUAGGCUCAAUGCCUAUUAAGCGCUCUUCCCUGUUUUACUCAAUGUAUUGUUGAAGAUCAUUUGAGCUUAGUUGCUGUAGCUCUCUAUUUUGUCUGUGAUUUUCAGUAGUUUUUUAUUCACCAAUAGUUUAUCGUGGACUUUUUUUUGUUCUUGUUUUUAA